CCCGCCGCCUCGCCGACUGCUCGGCCGCGCGUCUGAGCCGCCCGGGCCCGGAGCGCAGGCGGCGAGGCCACCGCACCUGCAGCGCGCUCGGGCUGCCGAGCAGGCGCUUCGCCUCCCGCCACCCGGCCUCCCUCUCCCCGCCGCGCCGGGUCUCCUGUGACACCCGAGACCCCCCGGCCAACGACAAUGACCACUUCCCUGCAAGAUGGGCAGAGCGCCGCGGAUAGGGCGGCUGCCCAGGACUCGCCGCUGGCUGCCCAGGUGUGCGGCGCUGCCCAGGGGAGGGGCGACGCCCGCGACCUGGCGCCUGCCCCCUGGUUGCACACGCGGGCGCUCCUGCCCCCUCCGGACGGGACCCGCGGCUGUGCUGCAGACAGGAGAAAAAAGAAAGAUCUUGAUGUUCUGGAAAUGCCAUCUAUUCCAAACCCUUUUCCUGAGCUAUGCUGUUCUCCAUUUACAUCUGUGUUGUCAGCAGGCCUGUUUCCCAAAGCAAAUUCAAGGAAAAAGCAGGUAAUAAAAGUAUACAGUGAAGAUGAAACCAGCAGGGCUUUAGAGGUACCCAGUGACAUAACUGCCCGAGAUGUUUGCCAGCUGUUGAUCCUGAAGAAUCAUUACAUUGAUGACCACAGCUGGACCCUUUUUGAGCAUCUGCCUCACAUAGGUCUAGAAAGAACAAUGGAAGACCAUGAGCUGGUGAUUGAAGUGCUGUCUAACUGGGGAAUGGAAGAAGAGAAUAAACUAUACUUUAGAAAAAAUUAUGCCAAAUAUGAAUUCUUUAAAAACCCAAUGUAUUUUUUUCCAGAGCAUAUGGUGUCCUUUGCAACUGAAACCAAUGGUGAAAUAUCCCCCACACAGAUUUUGCAGAUGUUUCUGAGUUCAAGCACAUACCCUGAAAUCCAUGGCUUCUUACAUGCAAAAGAGCAGGGAAAGAAGUCCUGGAAAAAGAUUUACUUCCUUCUAAGAAGAUCUGGUUUAUAUUUUUCUACUAAAGGGACAUCAAAGGAACCACGGCAUUUGCAGUUUUUCAGCGAAUUUGGCAAUAGUGAUAUAUAUGUGUCCCUGGCAGGCAAAAAAAAACACGGAGCACCGACUAACUAUGGAUUCUGCUUUAAGCCUAACAAAGCGGGAGGGCCCCGAGACCUGAAAAUGCUCUGUGCAGAAGAAGAGCAGAGUAGGACGUGCUGGGUGACUGCGAUUAGAUUGCUUAAGUAUGGCAUGCAGCUGUACCAGAAUUACAUGCAUCCAUAUCAAGGUAGAAGUGGCUGCGGUUCUCAGAGUGUCUCACCCAUGAGAAGUAUAUCAGAAAAUUCUCUCGUAGCAAUGGACUUCUCAGGACAGAAAAGCAGAGUUAUAGAAAAUCCCACAGAAGCCCUUUCAGUCGCUGUUGAAGAAGGACUUGCUUGGAGGAAAAAAGGUUGUUUACGCCUGGCCACCCACGGCAGCCCAACUGCCUCUUCCCAGAGCUCUGCCACAAACAUGGCCAUUCACCGGUCCCAGCCAUGGUUUCACCACAAAAUUUCUAGGGAUGAAGCUCAGCGGUUAAUUAUUCAGCAGGGACUUGUGGAUGGUGCAAAUCAAGGAGGCUGUAUUGAGGUUUGGAUGAGAAACCAGCGUCAAUUUAAACAAGUGGUGAUGGGGUCUUUUAUCUUCAAGGGUUGGCUUAAGAUGAUGACAAGAUUUCAAGGUGAUUUAAUACUGACAUUUGGAUAAAAAUGCAUCUUCACAUGGAAGAUUAUUAACAGCAAGUCAGCAUUUCACUAGACUGUAUAUAAGAGAAGAUUUUAAUAUACUUCUCUAUGUGGAGCAGUCUUUUUAGAUAUAAAUUUGAACAAUCAGCAGAAUUACAAUCUGAUGAGACCAAGAAGAGAAAUAAAUCACAAGGAAUUGUUAAAAUGUUUUGGAGGAUUAUAAUUUCCCUACUUUCAAGCCUAGUUUUUAUAAGUUGAAUGAAAUAACUACAUAAAGAAUGGUAAUAUCUUUAUUUUUUAUUAUUUUUUAAAUUUUUAAUAAAAAAUGGAGGAAGGGGGGCAGAAUCCUUUGGAAAGAUGUGAUGAUGCCAGGCAGUCCACUAGAUGGUAGUGGUGAUCCACUCGGGGAUAGGGAAGGAAUUACAGCGUGCUUUAUGAGUGAACCUCCCUUUUGUCCCAUCUCCCAGUGAUGUAAUGUAGGAAUCUCACACAGGACAAAUGAAAUGGAUAAUCUCAUCCGACAUCUGUGAAGGCUCAAAUUCCGUGCCCAGGCACAGUGAGAUUAACAUUGGAGUCACCAGCGGGGAUUGUUUGCACAAUCUGUUUGCCAACAAUUAACACAAAGCUGGUUUUUGCCCCGUAUUGCCAGUAAAUAAGAAUCCACGCCUGGCAGCGUUUUUCCUCUUAGGUCAUUAGGUCAUGUGUUAUAUUUUGCUAGCCUGACGUUAUAGAGGCUUUUCUGCUGCAUUCUUCUAGAUUAAAAUAUAUGUUGCUUGGGUGUUUCUUUUCCUUAAGACAUUGUACUCAAACAUUGAAUAGAUGAUUUCAGGGUUGAUAUUUUUAGAAUAUAUUCAUUUCUCACUUUCUGUUGUAUAUGUAACAUAGGAACCAGAGUCAAAAGAAAAAGGGGGAUCAGUGUUGAAGAGGGGUUUAAAAUGAUUUCAUUCUAAGCAAGUUUCUCUUUUCAGGGACUAACGUAAUGCAGUAGUUCAAGUAAUAAUACGCUAAUGCCCCAUUCUUUGCACAAACUUGUUACAUGUAAAUACCCAAUUCUCCAAUGGGAGAAGAACAUAGCACUAAUUAUUGAUGUCAGCAUAGCAUUAUGUUGCUUAUUAUGAGUGAACAAUCUGACAAAUGGGCUGUAUAUUUAUCCUAUUAAAAUGAAAUUAGCACUGAUGACAGUUUUAUAGAAUAAGAUUAUGUUAUACCAUAUUGCUUCCCAUGUUGGAUACUCUCAUCUUUGAAUACACAGAAAAGGAAAACUCUGGCUACAUUUAUAAAUAUAUUUCCUGGGUUUGUUACAUGCUAUAUAUUU